CGUGACUACUACCCUCUUCGAUCAACUCUCCUUAUACAAAUUAGCUAGUAUAGCGCGCCAUGAGUUUCCUCAAUCUAAACCUACCCGAAAACGAUCUCAAUUCGUCUUCUUCAUCUUCUUUGUCCCCUCUAAGCGAGCCUAAUACCCACCGACUUUUCCCUUGCAACUACUGCAGAAGGAAGUUUUACAGCUCACAAGCACUUGGAGGCCACCAAAAUGCUCAUAAAAUCGAAAGGAACUUAGCUAAGAGGAGCCGUGAACGAAGCUCAUUUGUUAGACCUCAUACUGCAGGGCACAACCAGCAGCCCAUAUCAAGCAGGCAGUCUGAAGGUUAUAGUGGCCCCCCAAGCCACGGUGGACAAAUUAUGCAGCCACCGGUCAUGAUGAGGCUAACUAACCAUAAUCAUCAAGGACCUGAUAAUUACGGAAGUUUCAAUGCUAGGGAAAUAAUGGAGAACGGGUUAGUUGGUUGUAGUAGUUAUAAGGCAGGUGAUAGUGGUGUAGAAGACGACUUUAAUCAACUCGAUUUGUCUCUUAGACUUUGA